AAAAAGUUGGCAUUCAGACCACCAGAAUGAGGUACUUCCACCAGUUGUACUUGAGGACCCUCAAGAACCUGGACUCAGGAGACACACGUGGACACAAUGACACCACUCGUUGUAUCACAUUAUUUGAGGUGGUGGUGUGUGUCAUUCACAACACUGGCAGUUUUCUGUAGCACUAAACAUGAGUUCAAUAGACCGAAUGUCUCACUAACAAAUGACGCUGCGAGAAAUAAGCCCUGUGAGCUAGUGCUAGAGCCAAAUUGGUGCACACAAUGGACAGAGUUUGGCAUCAGUUCACACACGUUUACCCAAGCUAACUAUUUUUCUUGUCGUAAACGAUCCCUUUAGUCCCAAACUUGCAUGCCCUGCACUAACGCUACACAAAUGGAACAACUAUUAGCUAAUAAACACUCCUCCAUACAAGUAAUUGCUGGGGUCUCUCACCUCUUUUUCGUGGCGAAAUGGACUCCGAAAGUGAGCCCCAGGAGGACGUAGUUGAGGAAGCAUUGGGUGGUGGGGACGGAGAUGUCGUAGUCUGUCACCAGGACCUGACUGGUGACUCCAGUCCCACAGAGACACAGGGAGAGAAACUGGCCCAGGAACACCGCACCCAGCACAUA